CCCAACCCAACCCAUCCAGCAUUGAAUGCUUGCAAGCUGUUAUUGACGCUCUUCAAUUGCUUUGAUAGAACUGAGGUCGUCACCCGGCUCUCAAAUAUGGCUGUUCGUCUCUUGUCUUGGUCUCCAUUGCGCACCUUCGGGUCGACCAUGAGCUCUAUGGUUGCAGGUCGGUGGAAUUCGACUCUCGCCACAGAUGCCGCUGCUUAUCAGCGUGCUGCCAGUGCUAAUCAAAGACCAAGAGUAUUCAGCCGUCGUCGUGUACCAAACCGCCAAAAGUUCAUCGAAGACCAGAAGACCCAAGGAGAGAGUCGAAUCUUAGAGAAAUACCAAACUCGUGAUUGGCGAGCAGGCGAUAUUUACACACCUCAUGAUCUCAGUGCUGCCGAGAUGAAGAAGUGGAGGAAGCGCUAUAGCCCAGCCACAGAUGCUUUUGAUUCUUUGAACAUGAACCCGCUAGACUUGUACAAGAACUUCUCGAUCAUGUCCGAGUAUAUCACCCCGAUGGGACGUAUAAAGCAUAGAAAUACAACUGGUCUACGACCUGUCAACCAACGGAAAAUUGCAAAGGCUAUCCGAAGGGCUAUUGGUCUUGGUCUGAUGCCUAGUGUCCAUAGACAUCCAGAGAUUCUGGCGGCGGAACUGAAGGCGAAAGUAGAUGGAAGCAGCAUAUUCUGAAGCAAUCGAGGCCAUGUGAACAGGGAACUUGUAUGCAGGAUAUAUGGAGAACUGCUUAUACCUUUCUUGAAUUCCUGCUGCUUCAUAUCUCGAAGUCGGGCACCUUCGGAGCUAGACACUGUACUUCUAUAUUCAAACAUAGUCAUCACUGAGAAUUGGGAUUGCAUAUGUAAUUUAUCC